UAUAUUUUUGCAGUGCAGUGUGCCACCUUGCAAAGGCUCCUUAUUGCCGUGUGAUUAUUACAAUUGCAGCAGAACAAUGGCAGGACGGGCGCCCAGCUCGAAGGCACGGGAAAGUUUUUCAAGUGCGUUGAAAAAUCGCCUGAAAGGACUCAUUUUUGGAUACUCUUCCAUAGAGUGUGCAGUUCAUGUCUGCUACUGUGCCGAUAGUUCGGCCGAUUUCAUCGUGACAAAAAACCUUCCGCCACAUGUUGAUGCCGUGGAAACGAAAUACAAGGAUGCAAGACUUGUUCGGUAUGUCGCAACGUGUUCCUCUUCUUCUGCCGGAAUAGCUCUUACAGUUCCUGAAACGCCAAUAAAUGGGUGGAUUGUGGAGCCGGAAUUAGAGCCAGCCAAAAUCGACAUGAGUAAAAUUGUAAACUACGAACCGGGAGGAGUUAUUCCGCACAUUAAACUGAACAUCAUAUGGACUGGAGAGGGGCGGCCGCGGAAAGAGAAAAUAAACAUCAGUGUAGACGGGGCUGAAGAUUUAGAGUCGUUCGAAUUGACAUGUGAACCACUUUUUCCAUGUUCACCACAGCAGUUUGGAAGUUUCACCGCACAACAGCAAAAUAGAACAUUGGAAACACAAUUAGCAGAUACACUUUUUCCGUCGAAAAUAGAGCCCAGCCCAUCCGCGUUUGAAAGGCCCACCCUACGACUUCUUCAAAGGUUCCCAACUCGAUCGGGACGUUGCAUAAACAUUAUUGAGAGGAUUGGCGACAAGGGUCACUACCUCUCCAUUCAUCUUCUCAAUGACAAGUGCGGAACGGUUGUCAAUACCCUCGAAUUGAAGCACAGAUCCGAUCCGAAUCGAGUCGCAGAAGCAGUUCUCGUGCGGUGGCUGGAGAAGGAGCCGCGUACCUGGGCUGAUCUGGUCACAGCACUGAGGGAGAUAGAGCUGGGCGCUCUGGCAAAAGAGAUUCAAGAUAACCUGUGUACAAGUCGUUGUUCUAGAGGAAAUCAGCAGGUGACAACAUCAACUGAAUUACCACAACCACAACCAAUAUUCGCUGAGGACGCUGCCUCUGUAUCUGAUAGACCCACACUACCACUUCUUAAAAGAUUCCCAACUCAAUCCGGACAUACUACCAACAUCGUUGAGGGGAUCGGGUCAAAAUGUCAGGACCUUUGCACCUGUCUACUAAGAGACAAUUGGGGUGCGGUUAUCAGGAGCAUGGAGCUAGAGCAUCGAAAUGAUCACUAUCGAAUUGCAGAGACUGUUUUUCAAAGAUGGCUUGUUGAGGACCCGAAUGCGUCGUGGGCAAAGCUUGUUCGCACACUGAGGAGCGUCGGACUUGGAAAAUUGCCACGAGAGAUUGAAAAAAAUUUAUUACCCCCAUCUGUGGAACACUGAUUGAUUUAUGUUUGCGACAUAGUACUUUAAUGACAGAAAGUCCACAUUAUUUUUUUGUACACGUGUAUAUACAAUUUCAAAGAUGUAAUCUAAUCUAGCACUUGUAAACAACGAAGGUAUAAAAAUUGUGCCUUAAUCAACAGCAUAGCAAUGUUGAAUCUGAAAGAA